AUGCACAUUUUCUACAAAUUCUACAAUCUUCUUCUUUCACUCACCUGCAAAAUGCAUCCAAACUUUGACUUUGAUAGACUUUGGAAACAAAUUGUUGAUGAAAUACUUGAAGAUAACAUUGAAGAAGAAAUCAUGAGGUACUUACGUGAAAUGCUACUACAAGCAGAGAACAACAAUCAACCUAAACGAAGAAGAAUCAUAAAUCGCAAUCGUGAAGACAGACAUAGUCGCUUGUUGAAUGAUUCCUUCUAUGCUAUCAGUAAUCAUGAUUCAUAUUUUCGAAUGAGAUUUGAUGUAGUUGGUAGAAUGGGUCUUUCACCAUUGCAUAUUCGUAUAUUGGCAUAUGGAUCACCUGUUGAUAGUGUGAAUGAGAACGUUAGAAUUACCGAAUGCACUACAAUUCAAUGCUUAGAAGCUUUUGUAAAGGGUGUUAACGAGAUAUUUGGGGAUAAGUACUUGAGAAGGCCUAACAACAAUGACAUCAAUUGCCUGCUACAAAUUGGAGAGGCACAGGGGUUUCCAGGUUUGUUGGGUUCUAUUGAUUGCAUGCAUUGGGAAUGGAAAAAUUGUCCAGUUGCAUGA